AUUUGUCCAUUUUGACAAAGCAUUUCCAUUCCUUAGCUGCGAAGCAUCUCUUUCCUCUCCUGCGUGUUUGUAUAUAUAGCUAACUUCCUCAAUCCUCCCACACUUCAAGUUCAAGCAACACUGCUCCACGUCUUUGGAUAUCCACAAUCAUAUUUGACAUUUUGCUCCCACAUUUCUUCCUCUUCAGAAUGGCUUUCUCGCUUCAGAUUGAGAAUGAAUUUGUUCAGAACUCAGAAAGAGUGAAGUCUGUUGAUCUGCAUCCAACUGAACCAUGGAUUCUACUGGGUUUGUAUUCAGGAACUAUUUCCAUUUGGAACUACAAUACCAAGACCGGAGAAAAGUCUUUCAAGGUCAGCGAAUCACCAGUGAGAUCAGCUAAGUUCAUAGCUCGCAAAAACUGGGUUGUAGCUGCAACAGACGACAAAUUGAUCCGUGUCUACGAUUACAACAACAUGGAGAAGGUGACAGAAUUUGAGGCUCAUAAAGAUUUCAUAAGGAGUUUGGCUGUACAUCCCACCCUGCCAUAUGUGAUAUCAGCUUCUGAUGAUCAAGUUCUGAAGGUUUGGGAUUGGACAAAAGGUUGGUCAAGUAUUCAGAACUUUGAAGGCCAUUCUCAUUAUGUGAUGCAAGUUUCAUUAAAUCCAAAUGAUGCAUUUUGCUUUGCAAGUGCUUCCCUUGAUGGCACUUUGAAGAUUUUGAAUCUAAACUCCUCAACUCCAAACUUUACCUUGGAAGGACACUUGAAAGGGGUGGAUUGUGUUGAGUAUUUCGCAAGCAAUGACAAACAAUAUUUGUUGAGUGGCUCUGAUGAUUACACUGCUAAGGUUUGGGAUUAUCAUACUAAAGACAUUGUACAAACAUUGGAAGGACAUGAAAACAAUGUUACGGCAAUUUGUGCCCAUCCCGAGUUUCCUAUUCUUAUCACAGCUUCAGAGGAUAAUAUUGUUAAAAUAUGGGAUGCUGUCACUUAUAGGCUUCAAACCACGUUGAACUUUGGUCUGGAGAGGGUAUGGAGUAUUGGAUACAAGAAAGGAUCACAUGAGCUUGCUUUUGGAUGUGACAAAGGAUUCAUCAUAGUGAAGUUUGAUUGCUCUUCUCAACACCUUGAUGCUGGCAAAUAAAACUAGCAAGGACAAGGCUGAAAUAAAAAGGAGACUUUCAAUCAAAGACCACAAGAAAAAAACCAGCUUGAAUUUCUUGAAAUUCACUUGAAGUAUAGAUAUAAAGAUAAACACUUAAAGGUGGGCUUCACUUCUAUGAAAUCCAUAUUAUUAGAAGUGAGGCCCACUUUUCUGUGUCUAUCUCUCUGUUAUUUUUAGGUGAAAUAUAUUUCAAUGAAUUUAAUUAAGACUAAAAAUAAAUAACUUUUAAUAUUUAAAAUGCAUGCAUAAUAAAUUAAAACCUAUGAUAUAAUAUUUUAUUACAAAGAAGAAAUGCUUUGCUGCCCUUGUCCAUGGUUGAAGCAAGUUGUUGGUGCGGGGUUCAACAUGAGUUACUUCAAUUAUUAUUUCAUAUAUUCCAUCGUACACGUUAAGGCUGCACAAAAGACUAGACGUGACUGAACUUUAGCCUAACCCAGAGUCUGGUCCUUUUCAUGAAAAGGAUUGGCUUAGGUAACCCGUAGUCCGAUCUGGUCCUGUGAAAACCCGAAGAUUAACAAGACUGGACUUGGUCCAUAGGACUGGGAGAUUGAUCCUGUUAGUUCAAUACUCACUUGGCCUUUUUUUUUCUUUUUUUUCCUCUAUGAUGACCAAUAAUCUAUUUCAACUUAACAAACUCAAUUAAGAUAAUAAAAAUACUUAUAAUCAUAAUAAAUCCAUAAUAAUUUCUAAAACUAAGAAAAUAAUAUUUUAAUUACAGUCCAAACUCCAAAUGAUUUAAAUACAUAACUUCAGUAAAAAAAUCAAAGGAAAGACCAAAAAUAGACCAGAGGAAAAAAAAUUAGCAAGAACAGAAGUAAUAAAAAUCAGCCCACAGACAUGUUCCUUCAAAGUUCAAACAGAUCAAGAUCAGAGUGCAAAGUGCAAGGCAGGGGCUAGGGCUUUGGCGCACUGAAGAAAUUGAGAAUGAGAGCAAAGUUGAGUGAAUGGCUGAGACACUAAGUGCUGUUGAGUAACAGUGUUAAGGUUUUUUUUUCGAUCAGAGUGCAAAGUGCAAGGUAGGAUUAAGACCUUUUUUUCUAAGGCUUAUUAAUUAAUAAUUUAUAAAUUAAUUUUAAUUAUAUUAACAUAAUUAUAUAGGACCAAACCGGACCACUUAGUCUAGAUGCUUGGUCUCUAGUCUGGUCUUACCUAAAAAAUCAGUCCUAUCUU